AUGGACACAGGCAAACGGCUAGCAGAGACGAUGGCGGAACACACCGAAACAGAAAUCAACACAUCCGCCGCCCUGAUACAACUACCGCCAUACAACCCGAUCAACACCAGGAGUUGGUUUAUUCAACUUGAGGCGAUAUUUUCAGCCCAAAAGGUUACACGACAGGACACUAAAUACGCCUCCGUGGUACAAGCCUUACCAGCAUCAAUCGUUGAAGAAGUGGAAGACAUCCUUCUCAAUACUCCAGACCAACUCCCAUACACCUGCCUCAAAGAAGCCAUCCUCAAACGAACUGGACAUUCGGACGAAGACUUCAUCAGAGACUUAUUCUCUAAUGUGUCUCUCGGUGAUAGGACACCAUCCCAGCUCCUCCGCCUGAUGAAGAGCCGCCUCGGGAACAACACCAUGGCAGAACCCAUCCUCCGAGGGCUAUGGAUGGAUCGGUUACCACCGAAUAUAACACAAGUUCUAGCCCUGGUACCAGAAGAAACGCCCCUUGACGUUGUGGCCGACUCAACCGACAAAAUAUACUCCCAGGCUCACCAAAGCGUUCACCAUGUUGAAAGCCAAGGAAACCACACACAACGCCCCGAAGAGGAGAUGACCCAGCUACGCGCAGACGAAGCCCAGCACCACACACGCGAAAUUGAAGCCGUACCCGCAGCUCAAGUCCAGGACGGAGAAACAGUGUGGACGAAUGUUGGUACCACCAAACCUUCGGUGACCGAGCCCGCAAGUGCCACCCUUCCUGCAGACGCAAUAAGGCCCAGGGAAACGAACAGACAGACAGGGAUCGUCGUCGCUGCCUGUCGGUACUCGCUCACACAGUCGUCUCUUCUACUUGACACUGGCGCAACCAUCAGCGUAAUACCACCCACCAACAAAUCCGCCUUGAAACCCACCCCAUUCCAACUUCGAGCGGCAAACGGCUCCACCAUAAAAACCUAUGGGAACAAGGUACUUACCUUGAACAUCAACCUCAGGCGCGACUUCAAGUGGUCAUUCACCAUAGCUGACGUCAGGAUACCCUUGCUCGGUGCCGACUUCUUGGCACAUUACAACCUGGCUGUCCAUAUGAAGACAAGGACCCUGUCCGACAACAUGACAACCAUCAAGAUCACAGAGAUCCCUUCGAGUUUCAACACAACUAGGAUCAGCGUGGCAACACAGCAUGACCCCCACUACGUAGAAAUCCUGCGCCGGUACAAGCACCUCACGCAACCCAUCAAACCAACUGAUGCAGGCGACCAUCAGACCCAACACCAUAUAAAGACCACUGGACAACCAGCAUAUUCACGGCCACGACUCCCUCCACACAAAUUAGAAUAUGCCAAGAAAGCGUUUGAGGAGUUGCUGGCCGACAAUAUCAUCCGACCCUCAGACAGCCCAUAUGCUUCACCACUGCAUCUGUCAAGUCGACCAAGCCCAGCAGCUGACGGGACUCAGCAGCAGUUGUUCAAACAGUCCUUUUCAGGGCUAACUUCCGAAAGUCAUUCGAUCACCACUCUUCGAGGCUCCACUCACUUCACUCUUGCUACUGCCUUCCCUCUGCCAGCUCACGCCAGCUUCACUCCUGCAGCUUCUAGCUCCUCCUGCAGCUUCCAGCACUCCUGCAGCAUUCAGCUCACUCCUGCAGCUUCCAGCACUCCUGCAGCUUCCAGCUGUCUCCAGCUCACUCCUACCGCUUCCAGCUCACCUCAAGAGCUUCCAGCUCACCCCUGCGGCACUCUACUGACGUCCUGCUACCUAUUCCAGCACCCGCUGACGACCUAA